CCAACCCAGCCGCUUGGUGCGCUGCUGUUGUUUCAGCCCAGCUUCCUCAAACCAGCUUCUUCCAUUGUUUUUAACAUGGCCACAACACCACGCUGGUGAGAAACUUCCCUAAGACAACUGUUUUUAAACAUUAGCACACCGAGAAUGCCAAGGAAAAAGAAAAAUGGUCAUAGCCCGGCAAGAGUACGCGGGUUGUCAAACGACAACAACAACUACUACCGAAUACCGGGAACGAGUGACGGCGCUCCGCUGUCGAGAAGUGAAUUCAACACCGGGACUAACUCUCACGACUACGGUAGUACUAAUAUGCUCGUUUCGACAAACUCAGGAGGCAUCUCGGCUACUUCUCAGGACAAGGACGAGAUCGUGAGGACCAUGAAGGAGAUGUUUUGCCACCUGGAUCCGGAAGUUCUUUACAUUGUGUUGGCCGAGUGUGACUUCAAAGUUGAGAAUGCGAUGGAUUCUCUCCUGGAGCUGUCUGUAGCAGCUGAGCGUGUUGGCCCCCUCCCUCCCCUCCUCUCCGGGUUUGAGCUUACCGCAGCUCUCCUCAGCCCCCAACACAACUCCUCCAAACCCGACCUUCACUCCCACCCUCCUACGGGGGAGUCCGCUGUCCCCCUCUCCCCUCCCCGACGGGCCCCUCCUCUCCGCAGCGAAGAUAACCAGGACCUGACCACUGACUUGACAGAAGAGUUUGAUGUUCUGAUCGACCGUGAGCUGGAGAAUCUUACCAUACAGCAGGAAGCUGAAGAAAGGGACCACGGUGAUCUUCACUCCUCCUCUUCCUCAUCCGUCUCUUCCCUCUCCUUCCUCGUUCAGCCCCCGGGCGCCCAGCAGCAGGCCCUGCCACAGCCGCUCCAGUCCAGCCCAAGAGCCUCAGCCUCCAGGAGGGGGCUCCCAGGGGACCAGCCAUGCCCAGACAGGGUGUUCUCAGCUGGGCAGGCUAGCGGACCUCACUCCCCUGUCUCUGACCUGAGUCUCAACUUCUCUGGAGGAGCAGCCGGUUACCGGCGGCAACGGUCAACACUGGACUUCAGCCAUCUGACUUCAUCGCCAUCCGAGACGGACAGAACUAAACCCAGCCUGCUUUUGGACCCAGGGGCCGCCGAUCGCCCCUCUGCAUUCCAGGCAUACAGGAAACUGGACCAGUUCACUGUUCAUCCAGAGGGCGAGCGGACCGUACCACCAGGUGGCGUAGUAAGGGGGGCGAGGACGAAGACGAGCGUCGCAGGAGAAGAAGAGCGACUCAACAACCCGCCGUUCUGGAAUACUCGAGCGCCGGAGUUCCAACCGCAUGUCCGCGGAAAUCAGGCAACGGGGCCGGCAUUUAUCGUCCCUGUGGCGCUAAGCCCCUCCUCCUGGCACACCCGAGCCACACCCGCCUCCCACUGGUUGGCCCAGGGCCCUGUCGGUCAAGCCGCGACCGUCCCCAGGUCUUGGACAGGGGGUGUGUCUGCUGGCCCCAGAGCACCCCUCCUCUCUGGGCAACAUGGUAGGCUCCGGCUGGAGGGGCGUGUCCUAGUGCUGCUACGGGGAGCUCCUGGGUCGGGCAAGUCCACCCUGGCCCGGGCCAUGCUGGAACAGAACCCACAUGGGGUGGUGUUGAGCACAGAUGAUUAUUUCUGUCGUCAUGGGGACUAUCGCUACGACCCCUCAGCUUUAGGGGAGGCCCACGAAUGGAACCACGCUAGAGCCCAGGAAGUGAUGGAGGCCUCUUUCUCUCCUGUUAUUAUUGACAACACCAACAUGCAGGGCUGGGAGAUGAAACCCUACGUAACUAUGGCUCUGAGGCACAACUACAAGGUUUUGUUCCGGGAGCCUAGUACCUGGUGGAAGAACAAACCCAGGGAACUGGAGAGACGUACUAGGCACAGUGUUAAAGCAGAGAAGAUCCGUUGGAUGAUGGAAAAUUAUGAUCGUCACGUGACCAUUCACUCCAUCAUGGGGAGCUCUCACCCCAAACUACCCCCCCAUUAUGACCCAACACGACCCCCUCAUCACGACGCCAAACUACCCCCCCAACAGGACCCAAGCCCACCCCACCAGGAGGCCAAACUACCCCCCCAACAGGACCCAAGCCCACCCCAUCAGGAGGCCAAACUACCCCCCCAACAGGACCCAAGCCCACCCCACCAGGAGGCCAAACUACCUCCCCAACAGGACCCAAGCCCACCCCACCAGGAGGCCAAACUACCCCCCCAACAGGACCCAAGCCCACCCCAUCAGGAGGCCAAACUACCCCCCCAUCAGGAGGCCAAACUACCCCCCCAUCAGGAGGCCAAACUACCCCCCACCUCAGGAGGCCAAACUACCAUCCCAUCAGGAGACGAGGCCCGCCACGACCUGGUAGGAGAGCAGCGAUUGGUCCAGGGCUCUGAGAGGUCCUGCCCCCAGCUCUCCUCCUCGCUUCCCGACGUGUCGUCGGUCGGCCGCUCCGGGAGAGCCAUAACCCCGGGUCACAGCUCUGCCCACGGGUCCACAGAGUCCCUCUCCCUCAUUGGAAAGGCCUCGGAAAAAUGUGGAAUUCUGGACAAUUCUAAAAUUCUGGAUGAGGAGGAUAUUCUUGAUUUAGGAGCGGUGGCCUCUGAACCGGAAGCUCCGUGGCAACCGGAGGACGAGGGGAAAAUGGGGGAGGAAGAGGAAGAGACAGGAAUUCCCCAUUGUCUGGUGGAGUCUGUGUUUAGUGCAGAUUUCCAUGGUGACGACGAGAGGCCCGUGGCUUUCUCCGAGUCGAUUGGUCAGAGGGUGAGGAAAGAGAGGAGGAGUAGAACUAGGAAGACGGACUCUGAUAGGCUGGAGCCUGCUGUCAUAGUGAAGGACGCUAGCCAAUCAGUGAGCGAGGGGGAUGGAGGAGGGAAGUUGUUGGGAGAAAUGGGUGAUGGGGGAGAGCAGGUGGGUGAUGGGGGAGAGAGGGUGAGGCCUGAGUUGUUGGAGUUUGUUGGAGACUGGCCUUCAGAGGAGGUACUGGAGCAAAGAAGAGGAGGAGGAGGAAGGAAUGGGAGGCACCCUGGGAGGGAGGAAGAGGGGGAGGAGGCAGAUCCCAGAGACAGCCAAUCAGAAGGGCAUCCUGGUCGCGAGCCUCAUGUCACAGAGUUCCAGAAGCUUCUAGAGCUCUUACAGACGGGUGUUGACUCCUUCCCCCUGCCCACCUGCCCCUCCCCCAUCCCCUCCCUUAGCUCAGACCGUUCACUUGGAGAAGGAGGAGAGAGGGAUCGCUCCUCCCAGACCGACCCGCAAGACUUCGCCUUCCUCUGGCGUCUCGACCACAAUCGUCACGACAACCCAACCGACGCCGCGGGAUACCACUUUCCCCCUAACAACACCCUCGCCAUUCUCCACGGCAACCCUUCCCGUUUCCUCCCAGAGGUAUCGGCGGCGGUCUCGGCCGGCGUUGCGGUUCACCCCUCCGGCCAGCGCGUGGUGCCGUACCGUGUGACGCACGAGAAGGGGAGCCAGGUGGAGGAGAGGGAGCUGGAGGAGGGCCGGACCAGACUGCAGAACCUUGUCAUUCUCAGACGCCAUUUUAAACUGGUCAACAGACACACUCUGGAGGACCUCUAUGACACGUGUCAGCAGGAUCUGGAGUGGACCAGUAAUCUGUUGCUAGACUCUGGGGAGAGACUUUUCCUAGAGGAAGAGGAGGAUGAGGAGGGUGAUGAAGAUCUGGACAUGGCUGUAGGUGUGUCCCUGGAGGAGAGGACGGAAAGGCGGGUUACGCCCCCAGGAGAACAGGCUUCGGCCAACAGCGGUUCUGAUAGUGAGGCGGUUGUUGUAUUGGGAAGAGGGGAGGAGGAAGAGGAGACGUGGAGGACAGGAGGGGGCGUUGACGAAGGGGUAGGUGGGGUUAGUGGACUGAACCAUCCGGUGUCUGGGGGUGGGGGCGGCUCAGAGGAACAAAACACCCCCUUGGGAGAGUCCACUCGUCUGGAGCACAGACCACCAGGAAGAGAUGUGGAGGAGCAGGCAGUGGUUCGGGACUCGGAGAGCGGAGCUGACGCAGAGCAGUGGGAGAAAUGGGAGAGGGAGGAGGAGCUGUAUUGCGUAGACGAGGCUCUGUGCACUGGGGCGAAUCACAGACGGCCAAAACCCGGGCUCAGGGACGGGUCACGCCCAGCUCACUUCCUGAUAGGUCCAGACGGCUUUGCGUCUCCGAGCGGCCAAUCGGAGGCUCGGGAUGAGUUGCCAAUCCUGGACCACUGGAGUGUGUCCCGCCCUCAUGUCUCUCUCAGAGACAUCAUGACUGAAGAACGGCUCUACAGGAGAACAUGGAGAGGUCUGGUCCAGGUGGUGUUAACAGGAGAGGUGGAGACUCAGCUCUUUGACCGGUCUCUCUCUCCUCCUCAGUCUGGUCCAGGUGGUGUUAACAGGAGAGAUGGAGCUGCCAUGAUGAAGGAGACUCAGCUCUUUGACCUGUUCCCCAGCAUAGACAGACACUUCCUACAGGACAUCUUCAGAGACCACAAUUACUGUCUGGUGCAGACGGAGCAGUUUCUGAGGUCUAUGUUGGACGAGGGCCCUGUGAGAAACGUCGUGGCCCCAGAGCACACCCCCCGUACUCACAGCAAGGAUCGAGACAAGACCCUGGUCGGUGUUGUGUUGUUGACUCAGACCCUGGUCGGUGUUCUGUUGUUGAUUCAGACCCUGGUCGGUGUUCUGUUGUUGAUUCAGACCCUGGUCGGUGUUCUGUUGUUGACAGAGAGGUGGAUUCAGACCCUGACCCUGGUUGAUGUUCUGUUGUUGAUUCAGACCCUGGUCGGUGUUCUGUUGUUGAUGGAGAGGUGGAUUCAGACCCUGGUUGGUGUUCUGUUGUUGAUUCAGACCCUGGUCGGUGUUCUGUUGUUGAUGGAGAGGUGGAUUCAGACCCUGGUCGGUGUUCUGUUGUUGAUUCAGACCCUGGUCGGUGUUCUGUUGUUGAGUCAGACCCUGGUCGGUGUUCUGUUGUUGAUUCAGACCCUGGUCGGUGUUCUGUUGUUGAGUCAGACCCUGGUCGGUGUUCUGUUGUUGAGUCAGACCCUGGUCGGUGUUCUGUUGUUGAUUCAGACCCUGGUCGGUGUUCUGUUGUUGAUUCAGACCCUGGUCGGUGUUCUGUUGUUGAUUCAGACCCUGGUCGGUGUUCUGUUGUUGAUUCAGACCCUGGUCGGUGUUCUGUUGUUGAUUCAGACCCUGGUCGGUGUUCUGUUGUUGAUUCAGACCCUGGUCGGUGUUCUGUUGUUGAUUCAGACCCUGGUCGGUGUUCUGUUGUUGAUUCAGACCCUGGUCGGUGUUCUGUUGUUGAUUCAGACCCUGGUCGGUGUUCUGUUGUUCAUUCAGACCCUGGUCGGUGUUCUGUUGUUGCAAAGCGUGCAGCAGCUCCAGUGGCCCCUCCACAGUCCCUCUCUCAGUACCAAGGAUGUGGAGGACCCAGAGUAUGAAGACUUCCGAGCCGAGGCCAGGCUCCAGAGAGGCAGACAGCUGGAGAGCUUCAGCAAGGCUGCAGAGGCUUACAGACAGGGACGCAGAGAUGUAGCUUCCUAUUAUGGACAACAGGGUCAUCUCCAUGGUCAGAAGAUGCAUGAAGCCAAUCACCGAGCGGCGGCCCAGAUCUUUGAGCGGGUCAACUCCUCCCUGCUGCCUCAGAACGUUCUAGAUCUCCACGGACUGCAUGUCGACGAGGCCUUACUCCACCUGUCACAGGUGUUAGAGAGGAAGACCACAGAGUGUCAGCAGGGUGUGUGUAGGUCUCAGUUGUCAGUUAUAACAGGAAGAGGGAACCACAGCCAGGGAGGAGUGGCUCGUAUCCGCCCUGCUGUCAUAGACUACCUCAACACACAGGGCUACAGGUACCUCAACACACUGGGCUACAGGUUUACUGAGCCUAAGCCAGGUCUGUUGUUGGUGUGUCUGAACUGAGAUGAAGCUGUCAUGUGACUGACUGUCCUUAUCAAGACACUACUGUCUCCUCCCCCCUCUCCCCUGGAAUCUACCUCUACCACUUCCUCUCUCACAUACACAAAAAACACACCCUCCUCUGUCUCUCUCUCUCCCUCUGUCUCUCU